GGCCUCGCUGUUCUCUGGAAUCUGGACUCAGAUCUUCAAAAGAGAGUCUGUUCAGGAGUUUCUGGCUGCAGUCUUCAUGUUCCACUGUUUCACCAGCGGGAAGACAGACGAGCUGACGACCUUCAUCGGAGAGGAGGAUGAGGAUGAAGAUGAUGAUGAUGAUGAUGAUGAUACUUUCCAAUCUCUGGACAAAUUCUUGAAGAAGGUCCUUCAGAAAUCCCUCAGAAGUCAGAACGGCCACCUGGACCUGUUUGUCCGCUUCCUUCAUGGCCUCUGUCUGAAAUCCAACCAGAGACUCUUAGAAGGUCUGCUGGGUCGGACAGAGAUCAGUCCAGAAACUAUCCAGAGAGUCAUCCAGAACCUGAAGGAGAUCAACAAUUAUAAAAUGUCUCCUGAGAGAAGCAUCAACAUCUUCCACUGUCUGACGGAGAUGAAGGACCUCUCAGUCCAUCAGGAGAUCCAAGAGUUCCUGAAGUCAGAGAACAGAUCAGAGAAGAGACUCUCUGAGAUCCACUGCUCAGCUCUGGCCUACAUGCUGCAGAUGUCAGACCAGGUCCUGGAGGAGUUGGACCUGAACGAGUACAACACGUCAGAGGAGGGACGACGCAGACUGAUCCCAGCUGUGAGGAACUGCAGGAAGUUUCGACUUCAUUACUGUAGGCUGUCUGACUUUCACUAUGAAGUGAUCUCCUCAGCUCUGAAGUCUGACCCCUCCCAUCUGAAGCAUCUGGACCUGCGUAACAACAAACUGAAGGAUUCAUCAGUGAAGAUUCUGUGUUCUGGACUGGAGAGUCCAAACUGUCAACUGGAGACUCUGAGGUUGGAGGACUGCAGGAUGUCAGAGAUCAGCUGUUCUUCUGUGGGAUCAGCUCUGAAGUCCAACCCCUCCCUCCAGAAACAUCUGGAACAUCUGGACCUGACUUCCAACCCUCUGCGGGAUUCAACAGUUGAGCAGCUGUGUGGUUUUCUGCAGAGUCCACUCUGUCGUCUGCAAACUCUGAGGUUGGAGGACUGCAGGUUGUCAGAGAUCAGCUGUUCUUCUCUGUUCUCCGCUCUGAAGUCCAACCCCUCCCUCCUGGAACAUUUGGAACAUCUGUGCCUGAGUCGGAACCGUCUGCAGGAUUCAGCAGUUGAGCAGCUGUGUGGUUUUCUGGAGAUUUCACUCUGUGGUCUGCAGACUCUGAGGUUGGAGGACUGCAAGAUGUCAGAGAUCAGCUGUUCUUCUGUGGUCUCAGCUCUGAAGUCCAACCCCUCCCUCCAGAAACAUCUGGAACAUCUGGACCUGAGUCAGAACCCUCUUCAGGAUUCAGCAGUUGAGCAGCUGUGUGGUUUUCUGCAGAGUCCACUCUGUCGUCUGCAGACUCUGAGGUUGAGGGGCUGCAGGUUGACAACGAUGAGCUGUUCUUCUGUGGUCUCAGCUCUGAAGUCCAACCCCUCCCUCCUGAAACAUCUGGUACAUCUGGGCCUGAGUUUCAACCCUCUGCAGGAUUCCGGACUUGAGCAGCUGUGUGGUUUUCUGGAGAGUCCACUCUGUCGUCUGCAGACUCUGGAGUUGAGGGGCUGCGGUUUGUCAGAGAUUGGCUGUUCUUCUCUGGUCUCAGCUCUGAAGUCCAACCCCUCCCACCUGAAAGACCUCGACCUGGGUUGGAACCAUCUGCAGGAUCCAGAUGUGCAGCAGCUGGUUGAUCUCCAGCAGAGUCCAGACUGCAGCCUGCGUAAUCUCUGGUAGAGCUUUGACCAGAGCUUCAUCCAGCAGUGAGUGACAGAGGAACCAGCAGAAGAUGUGCAGUGUGAAGAGCUGUGAGAGUCCAGCAUCGACCCAGGGUUCCUCUGGAUGUGACUCACUGGUUACCAGGAGAGUUCCAUGUUAAAAUGGUUGCAGAUCUGUUCCAGACAAAGACAGAUGGUGUUUGACUCCAUGAAUCAGUUUACAAAAAUGACAGACUUCAGAGCUUUGCUUCAGUAAAAGUGAAGCUCCUUUUUCGACCAAAUUAAAUGAUGUUGCCUCAGAGAAUCUGCCUGGGUUUGGAAAAUGGUUUGUUUGCAGAAUUUAAAUGAAGUUGAUUAAUCGAUCAUUGCGGGCGACCUCAAACAGCACAGAGUUGCUGUGGAGGAUGCAGAGCAGAUUGCACAAGAUCGCCAGCACUGGAAAAAUCUGAUUCAUCUGGUUGGCUCAAUGCACCAGGACGGGAUUCCCUGACCCUCACUGGAGCACUAAGUUAAAGCGGACCUAUUAUGCUGCUAUUUUUCAGUCACGUCAUAUACGUCACAGAAGCCCAGAAACAUAGUACAUAAGUUUGUUUGCCCCAAAUUUGAGAUUUGAGAUUAGUUUAUUUCGAUCAUAUUGAAACGUAUACCAACCAAAGCAACACCACUGAAGACCAGGUUGACCGAAAAGGUUUUGGCUGAAGCUACGUAGCUUAUACAUGCCUAACCUUCUUCCUGUUCAACAUUUAUAACAAAGCAAAAAACAACAAAAAAAAACAAAA